AUCUCCCUGCGCCGCCGUAGACGGGCCGUCCCUUCUUUUCCUCCUCCCUCCCACCGCUGGCUGUAUGCGAGGGACGGCAAAUAAGCGGCUCUGGACCACCGGGCGGACCGUCUCGUGGUUCCGCGUCCCUCUCUCUUCCCUCCCGAGACCGAAGCGGGCUCUCCGCGUCCUUCAGAAUCCGUCCUGCGGAGUGAGCGGCGCCCGCACGGAGAAUUAGUUACCCACAUGCCUGGGUGCGGGGCGGGAGCGGCGCUGACCCUGGCCGUCCGGCGCCGCUUCCGCGCUCCGUCUGCCUGGUUGGGGCCCUAGCACCACCGGCGGCGGUAACUCGGGAGUGUAUGAAAGCGAGAGCCGGUCUGGGGCCGCGGCCCGACCCUCUGGCCGCCUCCCCCUCCAAGGCCGGGGGUGGCCGGACCGGUCCCGGGGGAAGCGGCGGGUAGCGCUGUGGUGGAGGCGGCAGCGGCUGCUCCGCGGGAAGAGACUCCCGGCCCACCGCUGCUGCCCCCGCCGCCGCUGCUACUGACUUUCCCAGAAGGCUUGAGGCGACGAAAGCUUCGGUGACCAGUCCUGGAACGUCAAGCGGUGCCCGCCUCGGAAGCCCCCCGAGUGGAGGAGUCCCGCUCCUCUCGAACUUGCUGUCCAAUCAGUCCUGUUGGCCGCUUCCUUCUCCUCCUUCUCCUCCUCCUCCUCCCCCUGUGGGGUGAAGAAGGGUGAUCCCGGCCAAUCUCUCCGCUUGGUCCCAGCUCCGCUUCGUUAUCCCUGGAAAGCCGGUUGGACGCUGCUGCUGCUGCUGCUGUUGCUUUAAGCUUCCGAAGUGUGCAAGAAUGUAAAAACAUUUGCAUCUUCAGAUAGUUUAGGGAAGGUCCAAGAAGUAGCAAACUGGCUUUUGGAAAUGAAUCAGGAACUGAUAUCUGUUGGCAGCAAGAGACGAAGAACUGGUGGGUCUAUUCGAGGUAAUACUUCAUCAAGCCAAGUGGAUGAAGAACAGAUGAAUCGAGUUGUGGAGGAGGAACAACAGGUACGACAACAAGAUGAAGUUGUUGCAAGAAAUGGGGAAAUUGGUGGAGGCCAACCUGGACUGUGUCAUAGAAAUGAAUCUCAAUUGGAAGAAAACAACAACAGAUUUAUUGAAGUAGAUGAAGAUUAUUCUGGCAACCAAGAAGAGGAGGAGGAAGAUGAACAUACUGGCAUACCAGAGGAAGAGGAGGACAUGGAAGAAGAAGAAGAAAUGGACCAAGACAGUGAUGAUUUUGAUCAAUCUGAUGAAAGCAGCAGAGAUGAGCAAACUAAUUGUAACAGUAUCACAAAUUCAAAUGGUAACAUGGACUUAGCAAUACAUCAGCAGUCAUCGCCAUUCUAUAUUAAAUCUAAGAUGAAAAGAAAGUUAGACCAUGGCUCGGAGGUCCGUUCUUUCUCACUGGGAAAGAAACCCUGUAAAGUCUCAGAAUAUACAAGCACUACUGGGCUUGUGCCUUGUUCAGCAACACCAACUACAUUUGGAGAUCUGAGAGCAGCCAAUGGUCAAGGACAGCAACGCCGUCGCAUUACAUCUAUCCAACCGCCAACUGGGCUUCAGGAAUGGCUGAAAAUGUUUCAGAGCUGGAGUGGACCAGAGAAGUUGCUUGCCUUAGAUGAAUUGAUUGAUAGUUGUGAACCUACCCAAGUGAAACAUAUGAUGCAAGUGAUCGAACCCCAGUUUCAAAGAGAUUUCAUUUCCUUGCUCCCCAAAGAGCUGGCUCUAUAUGUGCUUUCUUUCCUGGAUCCCAAGGACUUGCUGCAGGCAGCACAAACAUGUCGAUACUGGAGAAUUCUGGCAGAAGACAAUCUUCUAUGGAGAGAGAAGUGCAGAGAAGAAGGAAUUGAUGAACCGUUACAUAUCAAGAGGAGAAAAGUAAUAAAGCCUGGCUUUAUUCAUAGCCCAUGGAAAAGUGCUUACAUCAGACAGCACAGAAUUGAUACUAACUGGCGGCGAGGUGAACUUAAAUCUCCUAAGGUGCUCAAAGGUCAUGAUGAUCAUGUAAUCACAUGUCUACAGUUCUGUGGUAACCGAAUAGUCAGUGGUUCUGAUGAUAAUACAUUAAAGGUUUGGUCAGCAGUUACAGGAAAGUGUUUAAGAACACUUGUUGGACAUACAGGUGGGGUCUGGUCUUCACAGAUGAGGGACAAUAUAAUCAUCAGUGGAUCUACAGACAGGACCCUCAAAGUGUGGAAUGCAGAGACUGGAGAAUGUAUACAUACAUUAUAUGGGCAUACCUCAACUGUGCGUUGCAUGCAUCUCCAUGAAAAAAGAGUUGUCAGUGGGUCUCGAGAUGCCACCCUGAGAGUUUGGGACAUAGAAACAGGCCAGUGUUUACAUGUUCUGAUGGGUCAUGUAGCUGCAGUCCGAUGUGUACAAUAUGAUGGCAGGAGGGUUGUUAGUGGAGCUUAUGAUUUCAUGGUCAAAGUUUGGGAUCCAGAAACUGAAACCUGUCUACACACCUUGCAAGGGCAUACUAAUAGAGUCUAUUCAUUACAGUUUGAUGGUAUCCAUGUGGUGAGUGGAUCUCUUGACACUUCAAUCCGAGUUUGGGAUGUGGAAACAGGAAAUUGCAUUCACACAUUAACAGGUCACCAGUCAUUAACAAGUGGAAUGGAACUCAAAGACAACAUUCUUGUGUCUGGGAAUGCAGAUUCUACCGUCAAAAUCUGGGAUAUCAAAACAGGACAGUGUUUACAGACGUUACAAGGUCCCAACAAGCAUCAGAGUGCUGUGACCUGUUUACAGUUCAACAAGAACUUUGUAAUUACCAGCUCAGAUGAUGGGACUGUAAAAUUAUGGGACUUAAAAACGGGUGAAUUUAUCCGAAAUCUAGUUACAUUGGAAAGUGGAGGAAGUGGAGGUGUUGUAUGGCGGAUCAGAGCCUCCAACACAAAGCUAGUGUGUGCAGUUGGAAGCCGGAAUGGGACUGAGGAAACCAAGCUGCUGGUAUUGGACUUUGAUGUGGAUAUAAAGUGAAGCUUGAAAAGAUUAUUUUGUCCAGAAAUGCAAAUGAUGUUCUUGUCCUUUCUCCCUCCCUCUACAAAAAGGAAAAAAAAACAAAACCCUUGUCCUUGGUGGUGCAGGAUGUUGGCUUGGGGCAACAGAUCCUAAAGACCUACAGGCUACAAAAGAGAAGACACAAAAAUUGAAAACUGUAACUGACAAAAGAGGCAUUUGCUUUUCUCUUUACAUCAAAGACUUCACCUUGGAAAGGGCCAGCUUUGCAAAAUGUGACUUUCUGUAUCAAGCCAGGUGCAAUUAUUUCUUUUCUGUUUUCCUCUCAAUGAUCACUGAGCUUUGUUGAGAUGUAGAAGUUGUUACAAUUCUUGUUAAUCCUGUUCUUUUACUCUACCUUAUUCUAGAAAGGAGAUGCAUAUCUCCAUUAUCAGUUAUUGUCUUUCAAACAAGACAGCAUCUGGGAAAGCAGAGUCCUUUAUGUGUGGAAAAGCUAAACUUACUGUGAAUUGUUUUGUACAGUUUUACAGCUUUUUUUUUUUUUUUUGCCAACCAUUGCCAAUGUCAAUCACAGUAUUAGUCUUCGUUGAUCUCUUUUACUCUUGCUUCCAUCUAUGUUCUUCAAUGCAUAAGUUACUCUGAGGUGGCAAAUUGUCCUGGAUUUGAAGAUUUCUCAGAUGGAUUUAAUAUAUGAUGCUGGUGCUAGAAGUAGGUCUUCAAUUAUGGGAUUGUUGUCCCAGCCCUGUACUGUAUUCCCAGUGGCCAAACUUAUUUAUGCUGCUAAAUGAAAGGAAAAAAAAAUAUUUUUAUUUUUUUUCUGCUGUGACGUUUUAGUCCCAGACUGAAUUCCAAAUUUGCUCUAGUUUGGUUACAGAGAAGAGACUUUUUUGCCACUGAAACUUGAGCCAACUGUGCCUCUAAGAGGCUGUGAAUGGAAAAGUUUCAGACAAUUUAGAGUGAAGUUUGCUUGCAAGUAAAGAGAGUGUGUGCAACGCUUAUUUUCUUUUUUCUUUUUCUUUUUUCCUGGGCAAAAAUUAAAAUACAUUCCUUAGAACAAAGCUCUUGCAGCCUGUUCUGUGGGGAAGUUUCUUUGUGAGGGCUGUGGUGAAUGGAAUAAACAGACACGAAACUGACAAUAUAUUUAAAAAAUAUUCAAAAGUGAAAACAAAAUUGCUGGUCGGUUGUAGUGUUUUACAGAAUUUGAGAAUAGCUGUUACAGUUGGGUGAGUAACUGACAAAGCAAAAAUGCUUCGGUUUUUCUGUUAAAGUUGUCAUAUAAAAAAGAAUGCAAUUGUCAAAUUGAUUUGCCUCAUUCUCCAAGAGCCACAACUCAAGUUGAACUGUGAAAGUGGUUUAACACUGUAUCCUAGCUGAUCUUUUUUUUUUUCCUCCUUUUUUGGUUUAUUUAUAGUCUGUUUCUUUUAAAGAAAUCAGAUUUCAAUUUGUUAAUUUUAGAUAUGUAACAACCUGACAGGAUGGAGGAAAAACCUUUAAAGGGAUUGUGUCUAUGAUUUGAUUCACUUAGAAAUUUUAUUUUCUUAUAAAUUAAGUGCAAUAAAAUGUGUUUUUUUCAUGUUAAAAA